UACUUGAUGGAUGUAUGCCUACAUGUACCUAGUAGGUAGGCAUGCAAGCAUCGCGUGUGUUAGUAUUGGAUUCACGACAGAAACAAUCCAUCUGCAUCAUUUCUCCUGCGCCUUGUCUUGCUUUCCUUGUCUUGCUUUGCCAUGUCACUCCUAGAGUAAAACUACGUCAGAAACAGCACUUACACGCCCCAAUGCUGCUACCAUUUCUCCGGAAGAAGGGUCUCAAACCCCCCUAGGCGCCCAAUUACUGUCGACCACGCAGCGGUCGGAGCCGCAGACCGAAAUACA